GUAACAGUUAUGCGACCGUGUCAUUGUGCCGUCUUCGGUAACGUCAUGAAUAGCUAAAGCAUCGGUGAGGUCUGGCAACGUGAACGAAGGCGUUCUGCUUCUGCUGGCUUCUGCUCGUUGUUACUGAGAGAUAGGACGCGCUUUGUGCUACGUUUACGCUUUACGUUGUGCGCGUUCACUUUAGUUCAUCAAGUGAGUUAUUAAACAGCCGUAGACCAUACGUAUUUAUACUGCGGACUAUGGUGAGCCUUGGUGUCCUGUGAAAUAACGCAUGCCAGCUAGGGCCACUUGAGUGUCUCUAGCGCAAACUUGCUUGCCAUUUUCUGUGUAAUGCCGCACACGUCACCGGUUCCUGACCAUUUUGUGUAUGUAACGCAAAGCCAUGCACACGAAUUGCAGGAGCCAUCACAAGAUUCAUCAUUAGAACCAACGAAAACACUUUCAGAAGUACACUCCAUGAUUGAAUCACAUCCCGAGUGUUUCCUGCAGAACGAUAAAGUGGUAAAAGGAACCCUCUACAAUGAGCAAACAAACAGGCACCGCUCUUCGAGAGACUUUGGCACAAAGCAUUCCAUGCAGUUUUACGGUCCUGCCUCACGAGAGGUUGAACUGACGAGCCUGCCUAGCAGUGCCGCUGAGAAGAGGACUGGUCUGUACAGCCCUAGGGCACUGCUGGUGCUUGGAGUGUGGUAUUUCUUCAGUUUUACAACACUGGUUCUUAACAAGUACAUAUUAACAUCACAAGAUGGGGACCCUGUGGUUCUUGGUGCAAUGCAGAUGCUUAUGUGUUUUAUUCUUGGAUAUGCCCAAAUGCGAUUCACCAUAAAACGGAGACUCAACGCGGAGAAUUCUCCCAGGGCUCGUAACGUCAUACUUGUCGGAUCCCUCAGGUUCAGCACGGUGUUUUUAGGCCUGAUCGCAUUAUGGUACGUGCCAGUAUCGUUUGCAGAAACUGUGAAAAGUUCCGCGCCCGUGUUCACUGUGGUCAUCUCUCGGUUGGUCCUGGGAGAGAUGACGACGUGGCUAGUCAAUCUGAGCUUGUUUCCUGUCAUGGGAGGUCUGGCUUUGUGCAGUGCAAAUGAGAUUAGUUUCAAUGUUCCUGGCUUCGUUGCCUCUCUUUGCACUAAUUUGUCUGAAUGCUUUCAGAAUGUAUUUUCCAAACGUCUCUUAAGUGACGAGAGAGUCAAACUGCUACCCGUGGAACUGCAGUGCUACACAAGCCUAAGUUCCGCCUUCAUCUUAGUUCCUGCAACCUUUGCUCUGGUGAAUUUCUCCAAUGUGUGGCAGGCCACCACUUGGACCACGUUUUCUACGCUCGUUUUCGGGGGAAUUUCCUUCCAUUGCCAGAGUCUCACUGAAUAUGUGCUCCUUGGCUAUAUUUCACCAGUAACACAUAGCGUAGCUAAUACCGUGAAGAGGGCCCUUAUGAUCUGGCUCUCUGUUCUUGUCUUUGGAAAUAAGGUCACCUUCCUGAGUGGCCUCGGAACUCUCACUGUCAUCUUCGGAGUGUUCCUCUACAACCAUGCAAGGAAUGCAGCAGCAAGAUCAACACAAUACGACGUUACGCUCAACGUUGUCAAAGUUACUGACCACGAUGUAUGACCAGAGAUCUGUCACUUUUCAAGUAUUUAUGCUGUACACAUGGAUUCACGCCACAUUUUGAGUUAUUAGUAAUGCUUAGUCAGGGAUAUUUGUUGAAAGAUUACUGUGAAGAUACUGUCUGGCAUUGAUUUCUGCAUUUAGGAUAUAUGUUUUUUAAAUUGCUUCUCACUCUAUUCGCACAUAGUCGAUGAAUAUGUCUAAAGCCCGUGGGGUCAACGUCUCUUAAGUACAACAACAAGAUUGCACAUGUCUAAUGAUCUCGCAUACUCUUGGCAUUCCCCAUCAUUAUUUAUGCAUAUAAUAAUGAAAAUAAAUAUGAUAUUCGAGAAAUGUC